AUGGGGAUCUCAACAGUCAUCCUUGAAAUAUGUCUUCUAUUCGGUCCAGUUCUAUCUACAGACUCAUGGAUCCCAUCAAAUACAACCACUCAGAAGCUGUUUUGCCGGCAGAAUCACAUGCAAGCCAGCGUGAGCACGGGCUACCUCCAAUCCCUGGGCCACUCUCCCAGGGACCUUGUCAUUCCCAGCUCGAAUGGGAGCUACCAGUGCCGGCCCCAGAUCACAUCAAGCCAGGUGACCUUCACAAUUCCUUACUCCGGCUGUGGUACCAUCGAGCAGGUGGAUAAUGACACCGUCACCUACUCCAACUUCCUCAAAUCAGUUAUUUCAAGUGGCAUCAUCAAGAGGAAGAAGGACAUCCACCUUCGUGUCAGCUGCAAAAUGCUCCAGGAAACCUGGGUUAAUGUGAUGUACAUUACCAAUGAUACCCUCAAGUUCAAGAACAUACAACAGGGCAAAUUUAACGUGACCAUUUCCUUUUAUAAAUCCUUUUCAUUCUUACAUCGCGUGACCAGCAGCCCAUACUAUGUGGACUUGAACCAGGAUUUGUUCCUUCGGGCUGAAAUCCUCCAUCCUAACACCUCCCUGGCCUUAUUUGUGGACACAUGCGUGGCUUCACCGAAUUCCAGUGACUUUACAUCUUUGACUUAUGAUCUCAUCCGGGGAGGGUGUGUGAAGGACGAAACCUACCAAUCCUACGAUGAGCCCUUGCCCCACGUCGUCCGCUUCAAGUUCACUGCCUUCCACUUCCUGAGCCGCUUCCCCUCCGUGUACCUGAAGUGCAAGAUGAUCGUGUGCAGUGCAAACGAUGACUCCUCCCGUUGCCGCAGAGGCUGCGUCAUGAGGGCCAAGAGGGACGUGGGCUCCUACGAGGAGAAGGUGAACGUUGUCCUGGGACCCAUCCAGCUGCAGGCCCCACACGGUGAGAACAGGAACCUGGACCGGCCGGUGGUUGACGUGCAGGAAGAGGCCAGCGCCCCCGGGAGCUACCACAGUACCACCAUCCCCGCUGGGGUCUUCCUGGUUGUGGUGUUGGUCAUAGCAGCCUUCACACUGGGGAGGUGCACCCGUGCUGCCCACGGCCAGCCUCCAAGCUCUAGGAUGUGAAGCAGGAGAACACACGCGGUGCUCAGACACAGGACCCCUGCUCUGGAGCCCAAGUGAGGGAGGAAGAAACUAGUGUCCACAGCAUGGUACCCAGAGCCCCCAACUCUGUUUGGCCCAGGUGCACGGUGGGGGGUGGGUGGAGGUGGAGGUGAGACAGAUGGGAGCAAGUUUCCCUAGAAACACAGGCUGGGAAUUAGGAAAAAAUGUCAGACUGCAGGUGCCAGAACCUAAAAUCCCGCGUGCAGCUGAGAGCCACACACAGGGAGCAGCAGUGCUUGUUCCAGCUGGAGUUUCUUUUCUGACCUUUUAUGAACCAGCUUCUUUGGCCUGUAGUGUAUAUCUUAGCCCUUUCUUAUUAUGAACA